CGUAAUUAACACCCGAACCCAAGCCCGGAAAUUCAACUCCUCCCCAGUCUUAUAAGGGUUGCCCCCUCUCUAGCCUUCGUUCUGUGUCUUUCAGCUUCACCCACGGCAGAAGAAGAAGAGCAGAAGAGCCAGCCUCUCUCAUCUCCCAUUCCACCCAACAAACAAAUACUUCUACACAGAGAGAGAGAGAGAGAGAGAGAGAGAGAGAGAGAGAGAGAGAGCAUCUGUUCAUCUUCCAAGCAAGACCCAGAAGCAGAGGAACUCAAGAAAUCACUCCUUCACUCAUUCAAGCAAGUACCCAGAAACCAAAAGCAACUGUCGAGAUGGCCAGCAACUUCUCUCCGUCGCCGCGGUCCUCUCUGUUCCUGAUCUCGGCCGUCGUCCUGGCGAGCCUCCUCGUCACCGCCGCCCACGGCGGCGGCGUCGGUGUCGGGGUCGUCGGCGAGCGCGGCCACCACCUGGGGUGGGCCGGCGCCGCCAGAUCGCGGUGCGAGGGGUCGAUAGCCGAGUGCCUGGCGGAGGGCGGCGAGGGGGAGUUCGAUCUGGACUCGGAGUCGAACCGGCGCAUCCUGGCGACGACCAAGUACAUCAGCUACGGCGCGCUGCAGAGGAACACCGUGCCCUGCUCCCGGCGCGGCGCGUCGUACUACAACUGCCAGACCGGCGCCAGCUCCAACCCUUACUCCCGUGGGUGCAGUGCCAUCACAAGGUGCAGGGGCUGAAUCAUUAUUCCUCAUAAAUUUUUUAUUUUUUUCCUAUUUUUUUGGGCUUUUUUCUCUCUCUUUUUUUGUUCUCAUUUGUUGGGUUUUGAUGGAGCUCAUUAAUUGUCAUACGUUGUUGGGAAAGACAGAGAGAGUCUGGAGGGCAGUCUGUGUGGUGAUUCUGAUGGAAAUAUUGUGGGUAUAAACGAGACGCAUCUGUGAAAGAUUGUUGCUUUCAUC